AUGCUUGUCAAUCAACAUGCUCAUUGUUUAUUAGGUCGUCUUGCCAACCUUCCUGCCCACCUUCAUGAACCGAGUUCCGAUCUUCCGAUAGGCCUAUCAUCCAGCCCAGCGUUCAAGGCUGGUAAGCGUCGCACCGAGCAAACCACUAUCGCUACGGCACAGCGACAUGAGGACCAUCGGUAUACAAACCCUUACCAGCAGAUGGCAUCUAUCGAAUCCGAGGCCGACAUCGUUUACCAACAGCCACACCCUCUUCAGCGAAGAGACGAAAACGUUCGCCACAGUCGACGCUUAACCCCUCCCGAGCUACAGACAGCCCAAGUGGAUAUGUCAAAUGCACCUCCUGUCUGUCAGGGUAUUCGUCUCGUCCCUGUUGCAACUUUGCCAGACCGGCUUCGGACAAUAUUUCCCUAUCCAACAUUCAAUGCCGUCCAGUCCAAGUGUUUCGACACUAUCUUCCGUACUGACAACAAUUUCGUUCUCGCAUCUCCAACUGGAAGUGGAAAAACAGUAAUCCUUGAGCUCGCUGUAUGCCGAGCCUAUGCUACAAAUGCAACUGGGCAAUACAAGAUUGUUUAUCAAGCACCUACCAAGGCUUUGUGCUCAGAACGACAACGUGACUGGGAAGUCAAGUUCAACAAAAUCGGUCUGAAAUGUGCCGAGCUUACCGGUGAUAGUGACAUUGCAGAUCUCCGAAACGUGCAAUCCGCAAACAUCAUCAUCACAACGCCGGAAAAAUGGGACAGCAUGACAAGGAAAUGGAAAGAUCGUGAGAGGCUCAUGAAUCUCGUCAAAGUCUUUCUUAUUGAUGAAGUUCAUAUCCUCAAAGAAGACCGCGGCGCCACCUUGGAGACGGUGGUAUCUCGAAUGAAGUCUAUUGGGACAGAUGUUCGGUUUGUCGCAUUAUCAGCAACAGUUCCCAAUCUCAAGGACAUCGCAACUUGGCUUGGAAAGAGCACUUUAGAAUCAGACACACCAGCGGUAAACGAAAAUUUCGGCGAAGAGUUCCGGCCUGUGAAGCUCCGAAAGCAUGUGUGCGGCUACGUCUCUCACACCAGCAACGAGUUUGGAUUCGAGAAAGUUCUCAAUUCAAAGAUUACAGAUGUGAUAACUACUUUCUCCGAACGCAAGCCGAUACUGGUGUUUUGCGCCACCAGAAAAUCCGCGUUUGAAACAGCGAAGCUACUCGCAAGUUGGUGGUCUUCUAGGUCAUCCAAAGACCGCGUCUGGAAAGCACCAUCGAGAUCUGUUCCCCUGCUCAAUAAAGAUCUUCGAGAUAUGGUUGCCUCGGGGGUAGUGUUCCAUCACGCUGGGCUUGACACAGACGACCGGAUGCAGAUUGAGAAAUUUUUCAUCGCUGGUGAAAUUGGUGUCAUUUGUUGCACUUCAACACUCGCUGUGGGAGUAAAUCUUCCCUGCCACCUUGUUAUAAUCAAGAACACUGUAGGCUGGAGCCAGGGAGGAUAUCAGGAAUACUCUGAUCUGGAGAUGAUGCAAAUGCUUGGUCGCGCGGGCCGCCCUCAGUUUGACAGCACGGCCGUAGCAGUCAUCAUGACGCGCCAGACGAAGGUCCGUCGAUACGAAAUGAUGGUCACUGGUCAAGAAGUGAUAGAGAGCAAGCUUCAUCUUAACUUGAUUGACCAUAUGAAUGCUGAGAUUGGUCUUGGGACAAUCCGGGAUUUGCCAUCGGCUAGAAAAUGGCUCAAAGGUACCUUUCUUUUCGUUCGGCUGCAGCAAAAUCCUGAGCACUAUAAACUUCAGGGUGCUCGAAGUGGUCAAAGCAUCGAGGAGCAGAUAGACGAUAUCUGCGUUCGCGACGUCAAUCUCCUGCGAGAAUAUGAUCUCGUCUCUGGAAAAGAGAUGUUCAGAACUACAGAGUUUGGAAACGCCAUGUCGCAGUACUAUGUCCAUUUUGAAACGAUGAAAUUGUUCAUGGGAUUGCCGGCAAAGUCCACGCUUUCGGAGAUUCUCUCGGCUAUUGUGCAAGCCAAAGAAUACUCGACGAUACGUUUCCGUCAAGGUGAAAAAUCAUUAUACAGGCUUCUGAACAAGUCACCUUCGAUCCGAUUGCCUAUCCCCAUCAAUAUAGACCUUCCAGCGCACAAGGUAUCGCUCAUUAUUCAAUCUGUGCUCGGAUCUGCCGAUAUUCCCUGGGAUGGCGAGAUGGCUAAAUACAAGAUGCAGUACAUGAGCGAGAUUGCGAUGGUGUUCAAAAAUAUAGGCAGUCUAGUCCGAUGCAUUAUCGACUGUCAAAUCGAGUUGGGCGAUUCUGUUAGCCUUCAGAAUGCACUGAUGCUGGAGCGAAGCCUCGGUGCUAGAAUUUGGGAUGACAGCCCGCUUCAAAUGAAGCAAAUUGAGGGUCUAGGUGUAGUCUCUGUCAGAAGGCUCGUCAACGCAGGAAUCAAGUGUGUCGAGGAUCUCGAAGGUUGCGAUCCACACCGAAUCGAAGCCCUUCUCGGAAGGAAUCCCCCCUAUGGCCUCCAGGUGCUCGAAAGGACGAAGGGCUUUCCAAAGCUUCGCGUUUCGCUCCAAGCGCAACCUGCUACUAUCACCAAAACUUUGGAAGGGGUCAAGAUACAGAUUAAGACGGAUAUUGGUUUCAUAACCGAACGCGUACCCCAGUGGUUCAACAACAAACUCGUCUAUGUUUGCCUAUUGAUGGAGACAUCUGACGGGCGCAAGAUGCAUUUUGCUCGCAUGAGCGGCCCUAAAAUUGGCACCGGUCAAAUGGUUACGGUUUCAGUUCUUUUGACUAGCCCUGACCAGCUGGUCAAUUGCCAUGUCAUGUGUGAUGGCAUAGCUGGUAGUAUGCGCAGCGCUACUGUUAGACCUCAAAUACCCCGAUCGAUGUAUCCGACUCCGAGACCUUCUGAGCCCAGUACUUCAACACCGCACCUGUCCAAUAUGUCAAAACGACGUAUCGAGAACAUCAAAGCAACGCGAAAACUUACAGCUGCAAGUGAUGAUUUUGGCGACGAUGGUCUUGACGAUGACACACUCGUCAAAGCCGCUUGCAGUAACCUCGAAUUCGACCACAUCGACUCAUAUGCCGAUCCCCUUGAUUCUAUGACCCAAAAAAAGCCCUCCAAGACUAACCCGAACAGAGAGAGGAACACUGGAAAGGUUCAGAAUGCCACAAGGAUGCGCGAAGCUAGGAAAGAAGCAAGUGACCAAGAUCCAGUGCAGCUUGCCAACGGAAAGUGGGCCUGUAAUCACCCCUGCAAAGACCGCGAAGCAUGCAAACAUCUAUGCUGCAAGGAAGGUAUGGACAAACCGUCCAAGAGAAAAGCCACAAUUAAAAGUGUGCAGCUGGGCGAAAAGCGGUCAAACCUACAACAAAAGCAGGCGUCGCCAAAGGGUAAAGAAACUCAAACCAAGCUUCAGCUCACAACGUCAAAGCGGAAAAUCACUUCUCCAAUUGAAGAGCUAGAUCUUACUCAGCAAGAAAAGAAGAAGAAAUCCGAUUCCAUUACAGCUGGACCGAAAGAGUACCGCGGACUUUACCAACUUCACAAGAUUGCUGGGAAUAACGAAUCCUCUACAGUUCAUUCAACGAUCGAUACAAAAUCUUCUCACCGUGACUGUCAUGAAGAUGGAAUGAAUCGUCUUCUUGUAGAAUCGUUGUGCAACGAGCCACCUCACGGCUCUAGCGACUACGGCGAUGUACCAUUCGAUGACCAGUUUGAUUGUUUCGAUUCACUCCAAUUCCAUGAUAUGAAGAAUAUGGAAUCCGACUACGAGAACCUCAUGAUCUGUAACUCAGUUGCUUUGGACGCUUUUGCAGGAUCGGACGCCUUUGGUGACGACGAUUCACUGCUCGGAGACGCAAUGAUUGGCUUGGCUGAUUCGCAAGAUCUACAAGAUAAAGACAAGGAUGAUACUGGAAGGAUACGGACAAUGGAAGAAAUUCCAAGCUGCGCCGACCAUAAGACCCAGAACAAGGAUCAUCAUUAUAUGGAUGACGAAUUCGACGGUCUAUACCGUAGUACGCAGGGUGCUCCAGGAACAUCAAUCUAUGAAUGCUAUUGCGCACCUCAGGAGUCGCCCCCCAAAGACAAUACAUGUAGCUCAGAAGUUGGAGAUGCACAUCUAAUACCGGCGAAGAAAAAGGGUGACGGUAAGAGUACGCAAGAUCUUACAGUUUCAAAUGAUAAUCUAGCACUUCUGGCACUAAAGAAAAGCCAGAAGCCAUCGACGAUCGAGGACGAAUUUACCGGUAUAUCAGAGAUAGCUGAAGAGUCCAUUGAGAUGUUUCCGUCUCUGGAAAAGUCAACUGCCGACGCUUUCACAGACUUGGAGCCCUGGCUCUUUCGCGAAUUUGGCGAUAUAGUUGAACUGGUUGAUGAUUGA